AUGCCAUCCCCCUCCGAACAGACCCUCCUCGUCACCGGCGCAAACGGCUUCGUCGCCCAACACAUCAUCAACGAAGCCCUCACCCGCGGCUACAACGUCCGCGGCACCGUCCGCACGUCCUCCUCCGCCGCAAAGGUCCGCUCCGUCUUCUCCUCCCACGGCCCAAAGUUCUCCGUCGCCGUCGUCCCCGACCUCACCAACAAGGACCUCUACGCGCCCGCCUUUGCAGAGAGCCCUGCGCCCAUCACGGGCGUCAUCAACGUCGCUGCUCCAUUUUCCUUGAAAGUCGAUGACCCGGUCACGCAGCUGCUGAAUCCUGCAGUCCACUCUGCUGUCACUGUGCUUGAGGCGACGAGGCAGUUCGGUCCGUACGUUCGUCGUGUGGUGAAUACUUCGUCGUUUGCGUGUAUCCUGGAUCUCUCAAAGGGAUACAGGCCCGGAUACACUUACACGGAAAAGGACUGGAACCCAAUGACCCAUGAGGAAGCCGCCAAAGCAGACAACGCCGCAGCAUAUUGCGCUUCAAAGGCCCUGGCCGAAAAAGCCAUGUGGGACUGGGUCGAGAAGGAGAAGCCGUCAUUCAGCCUGACCACCAUUCAGCCUCCCUGGAUCUUCGGCCCUCACCUGACUCCCAUUGACGAUCUCUCCCACCUCAACGAGUCCUCUGAAGCGCUCUGGCAUCUCGUCGGCGCAAAGGAGGUCCCCGCUGUUGACUUUGCCGGCUUUGCAGACGUUCGUGUCGUUGCAAAGGCCCAUAUCGAGGCCUUUGAGCGUCCUGAAGCUGCUGGCGAGCGCUUCCUCUGCGGCCAGCACUUUGACUACCAGAGCGCCGUUGAUGCCCUGCGCGAGACGAUGCCCCAGUUGAAGGAGCGUCUGCCGGUGGGAACGCCGGGCGCGGGCAAGACGCAGGAUAUCUAUCAGCUUGACGGAAGCAAGGCGGAGCGAGUUUUGGGGAUAAAGUACAUCCCCCUUGAGGUCACCAUGAAGGACUCGUUUGAGCAGCUUUUGGCGGCUGAGGCAUGAGUAUGCUUGGUUCAUCAUGGAUAUGGAGUUUCAUAGAUCGGGUUGAAUUGAUGAAAGGAGCUACUUUUUUUUUCUUG